GGAGCAGCAGGCUCUAAAAUGGACAAGCCAAUGGCUGCGUGUCAGCUGGGUAUAUAAACAAGGAGCAAAGACCUCCAAAGUCGGGUGACCUCUAUGUUGGCUGUGGUGAACCGGAUCUGAUCCCAAGGACUGUUACCUCUAUUCUUUUCAGCUGUGAAGUGUUAGAAAGCAACCAUGCCUUUCGGAAACACCCACAACAACUUCAAACUCAACUACAAAGUUGAGGAUGAGUUCCCUGACCUGUCCAAACACAACAACCAUAUGGCUAAGGUCCUCACCAAGGAGCUGUAUGGCAAGAUUAGGGACAGGCAGACACCCAGUGGCUACACCCUGGAUGACGUCAUCCAGACUGGUGUCGACAACCCUGGUCACCCCUUCAUCAUGACUGUUGGCUGCGUCGCUGGUGAUGAGGAGUCCUACGAGGUCUUCAAGGAGCUGUUGGACCCCGUCAUCUCCGACCGUCAUGGUGGAUACAAGCCCACAGACAAGCACAAGACCGACAUGAACUUCGAGAACCUGAAGGGUGGUGACGACCUGGAUCCCAACUAUGUUCUGUCUAGCCGCGUCCGUACUGGCCGCAGCAUCAAGGGUUUCACCCUCCCCCCCCACAACAGCCGUGGGGAGCGCAGAGCCAUUGAAAAGCUCUCCGUUGAGGCUCUGACCAGCCUGGAUGGCGAGUUCAAGGGAAAGUACUACCCCCUAAAGUCCAUGACUGACGCCGAGCAGGAGCAGCUGAUCAAUGAUCACUUCCUGUUUGACAAGCCUGUCUCUCCCCUGCUGACCUGCGCAGGCAUGGCCCGUGACUGGCCAGAUGGCAGAGGCAUCAUGCACAACGACAACAAGACCUUCCUGGUCUGGGUGAAUGAGGAGGACCACCUGCGUGUCAUCUCCAUGCAGAAGGGCGGCAACAUGAGGGAGGUGUUCAAACGUUUCUGCGUUGGCCUGCAGAAGAUUGAGGAGAUCUUCAAGAAGCACAAUCAUGGCUUCAUGUGGAAUGAGCAUCUUGGCUACAUCCUGACCUGCCCCUCCAACCUGGGCACCGGCCUGCGUGGUGGCGUCCACGUCAAGCUGCCCAAGCUGAGCACACACCCCAAGUUCGACGAGAUCCUCACCAGGCUGCGUCUGCAGAAGCGUGGAACAGGUGGUGUGGACACUGCCUCUGUGGGUGGUGUGUUCGACAUCUCCAACGCCGACCGUCUGGGCUCCUCCGAGGUGGAGCAGGUCCAGCUGGUGGUUGACGGUGUUAAGCUCAUGGUCGAGCUGGAGAAGAAGCUGGAGAAGGGAGAGGCCAUCGACAGCUUGAUCCCCGCACAGAAGUAAAGGGGAACAAUCUUGUAUUCAACUCGUGACCAUUCAUGUGCAAUCAAGCCAGCUGACGCACGUGCAGAGAAAACAGCUGCUCACCAAGAGACUCUUGACUCAUUUUUUUUCACGUCCUCCUGUGUUGGUUGGUAACAUCCUGGGGUCAGCCUCCACUGAGCCGGGCUCGCCUGGCAGACGUGGCAUCAACUUCUUUUUCUUAUGAAAAGUAAUGAUUAUUGUAGCUGUCAAUAAAAAUAGUACCCCACGAAACAACAAAA